GUGCGCGCCAGUAGUGAUUUUAAAUUAGAGGGAGUAUGUUGCUUUUCAUUUCACUUCCGUAAUUUAUUUACUAUUUGAGAAACUUUUCGGUGAUCAAAAAAAUGUAGUUUUACUCGUAAAUUUAAUUGAUAGUGAUGUGAUUAUAAAAUUUAGAAGUGAUUAUUGACUUUUAUUAUUUAGAAGACGUUAAUAAAAUGUGUGGGAAGCUUCAGGCUGUGUUUUGGACUUUGUCGAUGAUGUGGGCUGCUGCAAAGACAGGAGUGAUGGCAGAUCAAUGCGACUGGAAUGGCAGCGGGUUGACGUCGAACACGGAGCGCGGGGUGACGCCGGUGUACCUGCGGUGUCGCGAGGGUAGCGUGUCGUGGCUGUACCCGCGCGGAGCCCUGCGGCUGCUGUUUAGGCCUCCCAUGCCGGCCGACGCGCAGGACUUCAAAGUCUGCGUGCGCGUCAUUCGCAGGCCCGAUCCUCCAGACCUCUUCCAUUCCAUAAAGCUUAAUGAUACUGUGUCUCCAGAGCGAUUUCCGGCGCGUCUCUUCCUUGAGGGUCCUAGAUCACUAGUGCCCCUGUAUGCUCCAGACGACGGUGACCCCCGGGAAUUGCGAUGCUUCCGGAGUCGUAAGGGGCAUGCAGCACUGUACGUGGAAGCUGAGCCGGACGAUGGUCCGCGGCGGCGCGUGGCCACCUUCCGCUACGAGGCGCGGCCGCUGAUCAGCCAACAUUACGACCCGGCCACUGCUGAUUGUCGACCGUGCUCUGACGAGGAACUGGAGCUCGCCUUCUGCACCAGUGAUCUCGUGUCUCGCGGACUGAUCAUCAGCAGCGAGCCGCGCGAAGACUUGGACUCCACGCAGCUGACCCUGCGCCUCACCAAACUAAUCCGCGCCACCGGACACGACGCCGACCCCGCUAGCACUGAUGCUGAUAAUGAUGCCGAUACACCGCAUCUUGACGAUGGCUAUUUCAGGUAUGAAGUGGACAACAGCCGGCGCCGGCGCCGGCGCCGCAGCCUGCACGCGCACGUGCACGUGUGGUCGGCGUGCGGCGCGGGCGCGGGCGCGGGCGAGUUCCUGCUGACGGCGCGCCGCCGCCUGGGCCGGUACUCGCUCGUGUGCGCGCCGCGGCUGCAUCGCUGGCAGGCGCUCGUUGACAGGAGGAACAAGGACGGCAUGGCGCAUUGUCUGUUGCAGCACUGACAGUGAGGAACAGUGUGUUUGUAGAAAAGGAUCAAACAGUGAAUUCGUAAGACGAAAAGGGCCAAAUAAGUAAACUGUUUUCGUGGGACGAAGAGGGACAAAAUAGAGAGUUAGGAAUUGUUUCACCUCUCGCUGAUAUAGCUAAUAUUGUUUAUCACAAGCAUUAGAUAACUGGCAUAUAAAACAGAUUUAUCUAACAGUUAGUAUAUGUGACAGAUUACAAUAUGGUUUUUUAUUAGAAAGUGAUGAUACAGGCCCUUAGUGUCGGAUUCUACGUUAGUAAAAGUCGAAUGAAGAAAAGUUUGGCACAACGUCUUGUGACAAUUAAUUACAGCCUAUUUAGCUGUGGAAUUGUAUCCACUCGGUCGGUAUCUGUGUGGAUGGUCUAAUACGUUAAAAGUAAUAACCGACUCAUAAUUCUGAACGUUCUAGAAUUAAAUCUAAUCUGCUGGACAGAUUAGAGUCAACAGUUUAAUUUGGUUCGAUUUAAGUUAAGAAUAUAAAGGCAUAAAGUUGCUUAUGUCGGUGUAGACUUUCAAAGUUUUUGAUUGAAUUUUUGUUAAAAACAAUUAGCUAGCUUACUUGCCAAGAUUCCUAUUAUUUUUAGAUGAUGUAUUUGCUUGCCAUAAAUUUGCUUGUUUGUAAAUAAUAUCUUUCGCUACGUGACGCAUAGUCUUAGCGCAUAUACACCUGUAGGGCGAAUACAAACAUUUGCGAAACUAUGAAGCGAGAACAAUGGAAAGAACUCCACCGACAAGAGCCUCGUUCUUAAUUAUAUGGCGAUAUCAUUUUACGUACGAUACAGACACCGUUUUUUUCAACAUUUCUUUUGUCGAGGUGAAUACGCGCUUCGACUACAAAAUGUCGCGAAGUGGAUGUCUUAAAGUGCAACUUUUUGUUUAACAUUUUUAUAUUUUAUUUAAAAUCAUUUAUUAUUAGUUCUUAAAAAAUGUGGUCCAGAGUGCCAAAAUCAUGAAAGAUCUUCAUAUUAGAUUGUAAGGUUGAUCUCAUCUCUGUACAUAUAAACAUAAGAAACAUUAUCAUUUUAAAGUAGCCAUAUUACUAUAAUGUUAUGUGAGUACGUGAAACUUCAACUUCCAUAAAACAGUCAUAUUAUCUUAGUUUUAGUUUGAGUGCAAUUUCAUACUGCUUCCAUUGCAUAUUCAUAAUAUCUAUAUAGUAUAAAAAAUUAUACAUAUACUAACAUAUUAUAAUCAGAUUUAUAAUUCUAAAGGCGUAUCAAAGACAAUGCAAUAUAUAUGUAAAGUAUCUGCAAAUUGUGUAUUAUAUGUAAAUGAAAAUACUUAUGAUAUUUAAAUGCUUACAUUUUUUUUCUAAAAGGUUUUUAUGCCUAAUUCAGCCUGCAAAUAUUUACUUACAUUAUGUCAGAAAAUGUAUACCGCUAAUGUGAAAAUGAUGCGAAUUUUAUAGAAGUUAAUAUAUUUGUACAAAGUAAUAUUAUAGAUGUCGAUAUGUGAUAUAGAUAUAUGUAGAUAAACAACGAAUAUAUUGAGAAGUGUCUAUUGUACAUACAUACAUAUAAAAUUUGUUAAGUAUAUUACAAAAAUAUUGUGCGAUAACGACCAAGUAGUUUGUUGAAUAAAAUGUUUAAAAAUUUA